GAUACCUCACAGUGCUUUGGUCGCUGGCGUGUGGACAAGACGCUUCUCCCGGCCCUGUUUGCCUCCGCCGCUCUCACGCCAUUGCGCCCUUCUCUUCCCUCUCUGCCUUUUGCUUCCCUUUGCCGUGCACAAGAUACUACACUCCCUCCUGCCUGACACACAACACUGCUGACCUUCUCGUGUAGUGAUCAAGGCGCUUUAGUUUCCAUCUGAGAGAAAUGACGGGGCUGUGGCGCGUUUGGGCGGUGGCGACAGUGACGACGGCAUGCUGUGCGCGCCUCUGCCAUGCUGUGUUCGGCAUUCCAAGUUUUCUGGAGUUUGGAAACUGCGCUGAAGUCACCCUUAAAGAAAAUUUUGAUCCCAUGAAGUACUCCGGGCUAUGGUUUGACAUCGAGAGUGUUCCCAAUGAAUACCAGUACACCAAGAAGUGUGUCACCCAAAACUACACAUGGACAGGGGAGCAGAUGGAUGUUGCAACUCGAGGCCUGACAGAUGAUGAUGAAAAAAUUCGUCAGAUGGCAGUGAUGGUGAAAGAUGAAAGCCUCCUUGAUCCUGCCUCCAUGAUAGUGCAGGCAGCAGGGGUCCCAGAAGCACCCUACCAGAUCAUUGCCACAGACUACCGGACCUAUUCCUGUGUGUACUCCUGUUUGGAUGGCUACGCUGGCUUCAUGGCAGAGUUCAUGUGGGUGUUCAGCCGCACACCCUCCCUGCCAGCUGACAAGAUCAAGUACUGUCAUGACAUCUUCAACAACACGGGAGCUGACCCGAUGAAGAUGGUGCCUGUGGUGCAGCAAGAUCCAUGCCCAUACUUUGAGAAGCUGGACAAGAUGCUGAUGGAGAGUGAGAAACACCUCCUGAAGGUGAUGGGUCCUCCCUCAUCCUCCAAACCCUUCACACCCUCAACCAUCCCACCAAACCUUCCCCCCACCACAUCACGGCCUAGGGUGCAGGACAAUAACAUGCAGGAGCAGAUGAAUGUUGUUCAUGAGGAAGAAGAGGACCUGAAGCAUGAUCUGAAAAGCAGCAGCAGAAGUCAUGAUCCACCGAAGAGAGCCAAUGGUGGCAGGACCCGUGACUCACCAAGCAAAGUCAACGAAGUGGCUGCUAUCCCACCCCACGGGUCAUCAGUGAGGGAUGCCGAGAGGACAGACCCAAGCACCAGCUCCACCUUUGUUCCAGCCAUCCAGCUUCUCUUCCUCCUCCUCACAUUCCUGCUCUGCUUCUAGAAAAUACAGAGGAUAAUAUACUGAAGAUGUACAAACCACUCACUGGAACCCAGCUGUGUGUACUUGUACUCUUCAUGAGUAAAUUCAAAUGUUUUCUGAAAAGUGUUAACAGCAGUGGUUACCUUGCCACUCACUCUCUCUCUCUCUCUCUCUCUCUCUCUCUCCAAAGAUUUAUAAUAAAAGCCUGUUUUUGACUA